GUAUGAGGAAGUGGAUUUUUCUACAUAAUAUGCAUUUCUACGAUUACACCUCUUCACUCCGCCCGUUUUAAAUACACUUAUGAAUGAAACGAACAUUUCCGAAAGGACGAGUCCAUUUCGUUGCAUUAACAGGAGGCUUUUGUUUUGUGAUCGUGGUGUUAUUAGUUGUACAGUUGUAACAUUUAAAAUAAUUACAUUUGAAUCAUAUUUACAGAAAUUUAACUAACUUUAAACUACUACAUUUAACUGUGGGAGAGGGCGAUUGCGUAUCCUUUGAAUCAUAUCAUAACACAAUAUGGUUGAAUCCGACUCUACCAUUGCUAUCCAGCGCUGAUAUCUCCAAAAAUAUUGCCUGAUCAGAAAAUUGGACAGCACUGUAUCAAUUUAUAAAUUUACCAUGGUUACUAAAUUAUUAUUCUCUUAAGUGCAAACCUAAAUAUUGUGACUGUGUCGUAAUCUCAGUGAAUUCGACGGUUUUACACCCCCUUCAUUCAAUGGAGUUUUCCAUCAUGGAUGGCAUUCGCUGACGGUAAUUAUCGCUGCCUGUAAAAUUCAACUGAUUUCAGAUUUUAACCGCGUUUAUUAUCUCUCAACGGUUCAUAUAACGCCACUGCAUAAAGUGUAUGAAGGUGUUACCGUGUAAAUAUAGUGAUAAUGUCUAAUAUUUUAAGACACAUUUACGAUUUGGGCCCUGCAGGCUAUCAAUGUAUGAACCAAACCUGCGUCUACGCAGUGUGAGCUGGAAAAACGAGCUUUGCUCACGUACCCUUAUAACAGGUUGGACACAAUUCAAACGUUCCUCACCUUACCCCCCCCCCCCGUUCUAGUGUGCUUCAGUUCAUUCUAAUAGAGUCAGGCCACAGGUACCCCGCGUCAUGAGUGAGCUGAAGGACUGCCCCCCUUUGAAGUACUAUGACUUCAAGCCCGUCGAGCACGUCAAGGUGUGUCCCCGCUACACGGCCGUGCUGGGACGCUCAGAGGACGAUGGGAUUGGCAUCGAGGAGCUGGACACUUUGCAGCUGGAGCUGGAGACUCUCCUGUCCUCAGCCAACCGCCGCCUCCGAGCUCUGGAGGAGCAGAGACAGAUCCUCACUGACUGGCAGGACAAAAAGGGAGACAAACGCUUUCUAAAGAUGGGAAAAGACCCUGACCCUGCUGCAUCAUCACGCCACAAGCCAAAGAAGCAGAAAGUAGAUGGAAAAAGUAGCCACGGGCCAGGGCCAGGUCCUGGCAGACCUAAAUCCAAAAACCUGCAACCUAAAGUCCAAGAAUAUGAAUUUACAGAUGAUCCUCAAGACAUUCCUCGCACUCCUAAGAAUGAUGUCCCCAACAGAUUCUGGGCAUCUGUUGAGCCGUACUGUGCUGACAUAACAAAUGAAGAGAUCCGCUUGCUCGAGGAACUUCUAAAACCACCAGAUGAUGAAGCAGAGUACUUUAAAAUUCCAGCAUUAGGGAAACACUACUCACAGCGGUGGGCUCAGGAGGAUCUGUUGGAGGAGCAGAGAGAAGGCGCUCGGGCCAAUGACAAGAAGAAGAGUCUCUUGGGAGGCCCGCUGUCUGAGCUUGAUGCAAAAGAUGUGGACUCCUUGCUGAAGAAGUCCGAGUCCCAGCAUGAGUCUCCGGAAGAUGGCUGUCCAUUUGGUCCUCUCACUCAACGUCUGCUCCAGGCUCUCGUGGAGGAGAACAUUAUAUCCCCCAUGGAGGAUUCUCCUAUACCAGACAUUUCAGGGAAGGAUGCUAAUGAUGGAGCCGGGACGUCUCCUCGAAGCCAAGGAAAAUCGUUUAGCGCUCCUCACACGCGUUCCCUCGAGGCUCGGAUCAAAGAGGAGCUGAUCGCCCAGGGACUCCUGGACUCCGAGGAGCGACCGGGUCCAGGAGGAGACUGCGAGGACGAGGUGCUGGUCGAGCUUCAGAAGAGACAGGCCGAGCUCAAAGCCCUGAUUGCUCACAACAAAACCCGCAAGCAGGAGCUGCUCAGGUUGGCAAAAGAGGAGAUGCGCAAGCAGGAACUGCGGCAGAGAGUCAGGGUGUCUGACAAUGAGGUCAUGGAGGGAUUUCGGCGAAUCAUGGCAGCCAGACAGAAGAAGCGCACUCCGACCAAGAAGGAGAAAGACCAGGCGUGGAAAGCUCUGAAGGAGCGCGAAAGCAUCCUUAAGUUACUGGAUGGGUGAAGGAAACAUGAAAAAAAAAACUGUGUGAGUUCAAACGUUUGGACUACAGUCACACACUGCUGGAACUUAGGAAAAUGGAUCGCCCUACAGGUGGCAUUUGAGGAGGGGCAUUUCUCGUUGUCUUUCAAUGGUAUCCAUCGCACACUCAUCUUUUGUUAGAAUUGUCAAGAUGUUUUUUCUAUUGCCUUUGGUCUGUUGUGGUAUCAUAAAAACGAUGCAUCAGUGUGUUUGGAUAAAUAAUGACCAAUUAAAGGCUGCUGUUAGACAAAUUA